AUGGGAGCAGCAGGUGUUGAAGGCUUUGGAUCUGCCUUUAGAGGAGAUGAUUUGGAAGAUGCUAGGAUGAUAACAACAAACAAAGGAAUGAUGGUACCUACUACAGUGCAAACCACCAGUGCUUUGACAGAGGUUCUGGUGCAGGGUAUCUCUAGCAAGGGAGUAUGUCACAGCGUCAUUGAUGGUCUUUGUGUCACAGUAGUUCAGUGUCCCCAUGAACCCGUGUUAGCCAUAGUAACAGAAAAUAAGAAUAAGAAUUACAAGAGUCCAAACUAUAACUGUAAGAGUGACAGCAAGUCUAUAGCAGUGCUGACAGAGCAAUCAGGAAUAAUACUUGCCCGAAUUGGGACACUGCUUGACCACUACAAUUUUCCACAGCUUCUCCUCCCUGUCAGUUCCUUGGCAGGCACUAGCUGUUUUUCUACACUGAAGCCCCGAGCGCACCUGGAUGGAGAUGCAAUGAUUGCUGGGUUUAUCCCUCUCUACACUUUGGGUGCAGAUCGCAGUAACAGUGAUGCUUCUGGGCAUGAAGAGACCAAGCCAUUUAUCUUCAAGAACUACCAGUUUGUAUUGGCCUUGGCUUUUGCUGUUGAAGAGAUCAACAAAAACCCUGAUCUUUUAUAUAACUGGACUCUGGGAUUUGAAACCUAUGAUAUUGAAUCUGGAGCUUGGACAACAUUUCAAAAUCCCUUCAUUUGCCUCUUUGGAAAGUACAAGAUUCCAAACUACAGCUGUAAGAAUGACAGAAAGGCUAUAGCAGUACUUACAGGACCAUCAGGAAUAAUAUCUGCAAAAAUUGGGACAAUGCUGGAACUUUACAAGUUUCCACAACUUACCUUUGGACCAUUUCAGCAUGACCUGACUGACCAUAACAAGUUUCCUGCUCUCUAUCAGAUGGCCUCAAAGGACACAUCGAUGGCCACUGCCAUGGUGUCCUUGCUGCUUCACUUCAGAUGGAACUGGGUGGGACUGUUAACCUUGCAAAAUGAUGAUGGCUUGUGGAUUCUUCCUGAAUUGAAAGCAGAAAUGGCCAAGAACAGAGUUUGUGUAGCCUUUGAUAUAGCAAUCCCAAACCAUGUCGUGUCAUUUAUAUUCAAAAUCAUGGCACGUUAUAAUCAGAUGAAUAAAUCUUCAGCAAAUGUUCUCAUCAUAUAUGGUGAUAAUGAAUCAUUUGUACACUUAAUUAUGUGCAUUGAGAAAUAUUUAAUAAAAGGCAAAGUUUUUAUCAUGAAUUCACAGUGGGAUUUAACCAUGAAAAGGAGAUAUUUCAUACUAGGUUCAUUACAUGUACCUCUCAUUUUUUCAUACCAUCGCCCAGAUGUUUCUGGAUUCACAGAUUUUGUCAAGGCAGUUAACCCUUCCAAAUACCCAGAAGACUUUUUCCUUGCUCGGCUGAACUGUCCCAAUGAUGCCUCAUUGGAUUGGUUGCCUAGGCAAGUUUUUGACAUAACUAUGUCUGCAGACAGUUACAAUAUAUACAACGCGGUGUAUGCUGUGGCCCAGGCUUUCCAUGAAAUGCUUCUUCAUCAAACAGAAGUACAAACAAUGGGAAAUAGAAAAGGGAUGGUGCCUUCCCCUGCACAGCUGCACCUUUUUCUGAAGCACAUCCAGUUUCAUAAUCCUGCUGGAGAUGAAGUGAUAUUGGGUGAGCAAAGGAAAUUGGAGGCAGAGUAUGACAUUGUGAACAUUUGGAAUUUUCCAGAAGGUCUUCAACUUGAGGUGAAAAUAGGAAAGUUUUCUUCAUGUACUCUUCAUGGACAUCAAAUGUCUCUAUUUCAAGAUACGGUACAGUGGGCCAUAGAAUCUAUAGAGCCUCCUCACUCUGUCUGCAGUGAGAGUUGUGGUCCUGGAUUCAGGAAAUCCCCACAGGAGGAAAACGCUGCCUGUUGUUUUGACUGCAUUCCUUGCUCAGAGAAUGAGAUGGCUAAUAUGACAGAUAUGGAACAGUGUGUGAAGUGUCCAGAUCAUCAGUUUGCCAACACAGGCGGAAAUAAGUGCCUUCUAAGAGCUGCAAGUUUCCUGGCUUAUGGAGAACCCCUGGGGAUAGCCUUGGCCUGCAUGGCUCUUGGUUCAUCUACACUCACAGCAGUUGUUCUUGGGGUAUUUGUGAAAUAUCAGAACACCCCCAUUGUCAAGGCAAAUAACCAGGCUCUCAGCUACAUCCUGCUCAUCUCACUCAUCUUCUGUUUCCUCUGUUCCUUGCUCUAUAUUGGCCGACCCAACACAGUCACUUGCAUUCUACAGCAAACCACAUUUGGAGUUGCAUUCACUGUGGCUGUUUCCACUGUCUUGGCAAAAACUGUAACUGUGGUUCUGGCCUUCAAGGUCACUUCUCCAGGGAGAAAGAUGAGGUGGCUGCUGGCCUCGGGGGCUCCUAACUUCAUUAUUCCCAUCUGCAUCCUGAUCCAGGUAACUCUCUGUGGACUCUGGCUGUGGAUCUCUCCUCCCUUCAUUGACACAGAUGUACACUCUGAACAUGGACACCUCAUCAUUCUGUGUAACAAGGGCUCCCUCACUGCUUUCUACUGUGUCCUGGGAUACCUGGGCUCCCUGGCCCUAGCCAGCUUCUCUGUAGCAUUCCUGGCCAGGAACCUGCCUGACACCUUCAAUGAAGCCAAGUUUCUGACCUUCAGCAUGCUGGUGUUCUGCAGUGUGUGGCUCACCUUUCUGCCUGUCUACCACAGUGCCAAGGGGAAGCUCAUGGUGGCUGUGGAGAUCUUCUCCAUCUUGGCCUCCAGUGCAGGGCUCCUGGGCUGCAUCUUUGCCCCCAAGUGCUACAUCAUCUUGGUAAGGCCAGAGAGAAAUGUAUUGCAUGGCUUCCGGGGCAAAACACAUACUGGGAGAAAUACGUCCUCUUAA